UAUCUGCCUGUCUCGCACCCCAGACAGCCCUCUCCCUCUCUGGGUCUGUCUCUCCCUCCGUAGUAAAUCUCUGUCUCUCUCUCUCCCUGAACACGCCUGUCUGGGCUGCUCCCUCCUCCCCCUCUCUGUCUCUCUCCACCCUUGCAGUCACAUCCUGCAGUCUCUGUCUCUCUCCCAGCUCCUGUCUCCGGGGUCUCUUCCUGCUGCCAUUGGAAAGGAUCAGUAAGCGAGCUGUCUCCCUGCAGGGGCCCCUGGCGGUGCGGACCCUCAGUCAGUCAGUCAGUCUGUCUCCGAUUGCCCGGGCUAGCUGUCUGUCCAGGCCCCCGGGUUGCCCAGGCCCGGGCUAGCUGUCUGUCCAGGCCCAUGCUGCCUGUGUGUGUAUCUGGCAGCCUGGCCCCCCUCUGACCCCCUUGGCCCUGCAUGGCUGUGUCUCUGAGUCUGGAUGCUUCCUGCCCCAUCAUUUGCCAUUACUGGACUGAGCUUGCCGCCUGUCUCCCCCAACCCCUGGAUGUCUCUCUCUGCUGCUGUCAGGAGGCCUGAGAUCCCUGGACACUGGAAUCUGGUGUCGCCCCUCUGAUAAAGACCGGUUUGCACUUCUUCUGAUGGGACACGGAGUGCCACCAUGUCCGAGGUGGGGGGUGGCGGCGGGCGGCGGCGCCUGCUGGAUGAAGAUUUCACUCUGCAGGUGUACCCUGGCAGUAUCUCCCCUGAUGUCAUAUACUGCCCAGUGCCCGCCCGGUGGCACACAACAGCCGCUGAUGUCAUUGAUGCCCUCAUUACGGCACUGCGAUUGGAUCGGUCCAAGUUCUAUGUGCUGGCGGAGGUGAAAGAGUUUGGUGGGGAGGAGUGGAUCCUUAACCCCACUGACUACCCUGCUCAGCGCAUGAUGCUGUGGCCCAGACUUGCCCUGGAGGCUCGUGGAUCUGGAGAGGACUAUCGAUUUCUCCUUCGGGAGAAGAACAUGGAUGGAUCUAUCCACUAUGGAAGCCUCCAGUCCUGGUUGAAGGUGACAGAGGAGCGUCGGCGGAUGGUAGAGAGGGGUUUUCUUCCUCAACAGCAGGGACCAGAAUGUGAGGAUUUGUGUGUUCUACCGGAUCUUAGUGAGAGGGUAUUGCUUGAGACACUUCGAACACGUUUCCGGCAAGAAAAAAUCUACACCUAUGUGGGAAGCAUCCUGGUAGCAGUCAACCCAUUCCGUUUCUUGCCAAUUUAUAAUCCCAAGUAUGUGAAAAUGUAUGAUAACCGAAGACUAGGGGAGCGAGAGCCUCACAUCUAUGCAGUGGCCGAUGCUGCGUACCACGCAAUGCUCAGGCGUCAACGGAAUCAGUGCAUUGUCAUCUCUGGUGAGACAGGAUCUGGCAAAACCCAAAGCACCAAUUUCCUUAUCCAUCAUCUGACAGCACUCAGCCAAAAGGGAUAUGCCAGCGGGGUAGAGCAGAUCAUACUGGGGGCUGGCCCAGUGCUUGAGGCUUUUGGAAAUGCUAAGACGUCACAAAACAACAACUCCAGCCGCUUUGGAAAGUUCAUUCAAGUCAACUACCAUGAGACAGGAACUGUUCGUGGAGCGUAUGUGGAGAAAUACCUGCUGGAAAAGUCAAGGCUGGUGUAUCAAGAGCAGCAAGAGCGGAAUUACCAUGUCUUCUACUAUCUCCUGGCUGGGGCGAGUGAGGAGGAAAAGACAGAAUUUCACCUACAGCAUCCAGAGAAUUACCAUUACUUGGGCCAGAAGAUACGGAAACUCCACAGACAGGGCUGGGGAGAAUAUGAUGGUGAAGAUGAAACGGACUCCCUAGGAGGGGAAGGCGAGGAUCUCCGACAUGAUUUUGAGCGUCUGCAGCUGGCUAUGGAAAUGGUUGGCUUCCUGGCAGCAACGAGAAAGCAGAUCGUCUCUCUCCUGUCUGCGAUCCUCCACCUUGGAAACAUCCAGUAUAAAAGGAAGACUUAUCGAGAUGAAUACAUUGACAUUUCAAACCCAGAAGCUCUGAGCAUAGUGUCUGAACUACUGAAGGUGCGGGAAGAGAUGCUCCUGGAUGCAUUGAUUACCAGGAAGACUGUUACUGUUGGAGAAAAGCUCAUCCUGCCAUAUCGCCUGCCAGAAGCCAUCACCGUCAGAGAUUCAUUGGCGAAGUCUCUUUACAGUGCUCUGUUUGAUUGGAUCGUCUUCCGUAUCAAUCAUGCUUUGCUCAACAUCAACAGCAAAGCGUUAGAGGAUUCAAGUCAGACUCUCUCUAUUGGGGUUCUGGAUAUCUUCGGGUUUGAGGAUUACGGAAGUAACAGUUUUGAACAGUUCUGUAUAAACUAUGCUAAUGAACGGCUGCAGCAUUAUUUUAACCAGCACCUUUUCCAGCUGGAGCAGGAGCUGUAUCGAUCAGAAGGAAUCAGCUGGAGUAACAUCAACUAUUCUAAUAACGAAGGCUGCAUUAAUCUGAUCAGUAAGAGACCAACAGGUUUGAUCCAGCUUCUGGACGAAGAGAGCAAUUUCCCACAGGCCACUCACCAGACUCUGCUUGAGAAGUUUAAACGCCACCAUGAUGGUAAUCCGUACAUAGAGUUCCCAGCUGUAAUGGAGCCAGCCUUCAUUAUCCAACACUAUGCCGGCAAGGUCAAAUAUGGGGUCAAGGAUUUUCGGGAGAAAAACACAGAUCACAUGCGUCCAGACAUUGUUGCCUUACUCAGAAGCAGCAGAAAUGCCUUUAUCAGGGGGAUGAUUGCCAUCAGUCCAGUGGCUGCGUUCCGCUGGGCAUUGCUCAGAGCAGUCUUCAGAGCAAUGUGGGCAUUUAGACAGAGUGGGAGAAACAGUGGGGGCAAGAAAACGGGCUCGGGCUCACCCUGUACACCGGGCACCCCCGGCUCAGCUCACAAAGGCCUUUCUAGCUUUAGCUUUCUGCAGCACCCCGUCCACCAAAGGAGCUUACAGAUCCUGCAGAGGUGUCAGAACGACCAAUACAAUAUUCCUCGUCGAACUCCUCGCACGCCACUUUCUGACCUGCAGGGAGUAAAUACCAUUCAAGAGAGAAGUCCCCGAGAGCUGAAUUGGGCUGCACGCAGGCAAAGCCGCCUCUCCUCGUCUUCUUCCUACUUAGAGGGUGGUGGCAUCUUCAUAAGCUCCCCUGGAUCUAACCUAAACAGCAGCAGUGACAGCAAGCUACUGGAGAGAGCGCAUGGCAUUCUGAUGAGAAACCGCAACUCUAAAUCAAAACCUACCCUUCCAAAGCACCUCUUGGAUGUAAAGUCGCUGAAACAUCUCUCAAAUCUGACUCUGCACGAUCGCAUUACCAAGUCUCUGCUGCACUUACACAAGAAGAAAAAACCGCCAAGCAUCAGCGCUCAGUUUCAGGCUUCUUUGAACAAGCUAAUGGAGACUCUCGGGCAAGCAGAACCCUAUUUCGUGAAAUGUAUUCGCUCUAAUGCAGAGAAGGUGCCUUUACGUUUUAAUGAUGCCUUGGUUCUUCGACAGCUUCGUUAUACAGGAAUGUUAGAAACCGUCCGAAUUCGACAGUCUGGCUAUAGCUGCAAAUAUCCCUUUCAGGACUUUGUGACUCAGUUCUCAGUGUUGUUGCCGAAAGCUGUUGCUCCUGUCCGGCAGAAUAUCCAGGAAUUCUUUUGGCGCAUUGGACACAGUCCAGAUCAGUACCAAGUGGGAAAAACAAUGGUCUUUCUGAAGGAGCAGGAGCGUCAGUGUCUCCGGGACAUGCUGCAUCAGACUGUCCUGCAGCGCAUAAUCCUCUUGCAGCGGUGGAUGAGAGCAAUGCUUCAGCGCAAGAGGUUCUUGCAGCUUAAAGAGGCAGCCAUUACAAUCCAGCGAUGUUGGCGCCAUUAUAAGAGACGGUGGGAUGAGGAGCAGCCACUGGUCAAAGCAGAAACCGUUUUUCAUGCUGCUGUAAUCAUUCAGACCUGGUGGAGGUGUCACAUGGCACGUUAUAGCUACCUACAGAGAAAAGCCUCAGCUGUCGCCAUACAGAACUAUUGGCGAGAACAUUGGUUGCGGAGGCAGAAGGCUGCUCUUUGUAUCCAGUCUACAUGGAGAGGAUACAGUCAAAGAAGAAGGUACCAAUGUCAGAGGAAACACAUUGUUGGUUUACAGGCAGCAUGCAGAGGCUACAUAGCUAGGCGCAGGUUCCUUUCAUUGAAACAAAUUAAGACAAAUUGUUUCAUUGAAGAUCAGGGGGCUGGAGACUCAACCCUACCUGCUUCAACUCCAGAUGUUGAACAUCGUAAGUGGGAGGACCUGGAGAUAACUGACCCGAAUCCUCCGGAGUCAGUUAAUACAGAAGACAUCCAGGGUGUCGACGAGAUUCCUGCUGAGGUGCACAUUAGAGAGAGACCAAAGUCACUGGAGAAUCCAAAUCAAAGAAAGGUUGUCCGAGCCAAGCGAGAAAGCCGUCGCAUGCGGGAGCUGGAGCAGGCCCAGUUCAGCCUUGAAUUGCUGAAGGUGCGUAGCGGAGGGAUGUCUCCUUCUGAGGAGCGCCGCUGGUCUGCAGAGAUCCUCCUGGACAAGCACCCAGGCACUCCCGAGAGUGAGGGAUCACUUGGCAGCCUGGAACUUAUCAGCUGUGAUGAAAAUCAACAUUUCUCUGAGGACCGUCCAACAGAUAUGAUUUCUCCUGACAUACCACUUAACUCUCCGACAGACAGACUUUUAAGCACUACCAAUGAGGCAUUUAAAGACUCUUCCAGUUCUGAUAUUGCAGCUUCUUUUACCUAUGGAACUGUCAUAACUCCAUCACAUGGAUCCUUAUGUUCUCCCUCACAAGGGCCUUCCACCUCUCCCAUUUAUAGUCCUAAAAGCAAUACCAGUAAUGACCCUGCAUUACACUUCUUUCCAGAGCCUUUAAGCACUCACACCUCCAGACCAAUAAGCUCUCCCUCCCAUGGACCCUUGAUUGGUUUCACUUGUGAACCUUCCCAGUCCCCCAAAACUACAUCCAAUUCUGACCUCCCUGGGCAAAGCAACUCGCACUCCAAUGGUAUUGUUGGUUCCUUUUCCCAAGAUACCUCUGGUUCUCCCAAAAACUUGAAAGUGCCAUCCAAUGGACCAAUGUGUUCCCCUACCAAAGUUACUUCAUCGGGUCUUACCCCAAAUGAGUUGACUAGUAACCAUGCAUCCUCUCCGUCAGAGGAAGUCUCUUCUGAGCUGCUAAAAAAAUCAUCCCAUCAUCCUCCAUCGCCGGUUUCCAGUGCUGUGGAUAUCUCAUGGGGCUCAUCUACAAGCUGGAGACAAAAGCCUCCUGGACUUGAUAUGUCAGAGAGUGCCCCUGCCAAAUUGUCCGUCCCCACAUUCUACAGAAUUCACCCUCGAGAUCCCCUACUUUCCAGCAGCCUCCCUACUUUCUAUGUCCCAAAUCAAGAAUCUUUAAGGGGGCAGGAACAAAACGAGACCGGAGAAGUCCCCACCAAUUCUGUCCUGCAUCGCCUUCAGAAGUUAAAUGAAGAGAAAGAGGAGCUACAAAAGCAGGUGCAGCAGCAGAAAGAGCGGCAAAUGAUGGAACAGAUCAGAAAAGAGAAGCAGGAACUAGAACGCCAGCGUAAAAUGCAGGAACAACAAGAAAGCACUGGAGAAUCUCAGUCCUCUCCAGACAUUACCAUGAGAACUUCUAAAAAGCCAUCCGAUCGACCACAAUCGCUGCUCCUGCAAAGUCCACACUACAAGGGCCCUCCUUCCAAGCCCCCUUUGGAAAUAAAAGGUCUGACUGUUGGAGGGAAGAGUGGCCCAGCCUCAAAUAAUAGCCGUCCUUUAAGUAUGUUUCUAGAGCAGAAAGGAGGUAAAGACACCAAAUGGGAUGGUGUAGCGGAAACAAAUGAUGCAUUGAGAAGACCUUGGCUGCACAACAGUGGAAAAUCCAGCAUAUUUUUUAAUCCAAAAGGGAACGUUAGUAGUGACUCAGAGAAUACCUCCUUCCCUCCAAACCGGGGUAUGCGUGUUGAUCCUGCAAAGAGAUUGGAUGCCACAGAGCCAUCUGGAGUGAGUGAGGCCCCACACAGAAGGAAGGCUCGCAUGGCACGAACUCGCUCAGAUUUCUUGACUAGAGGAGCACUUGGGGGGGAAAACUCUGAGGACGAUUCUGAUGAGCAGGGGGAUCGUGUCCUCCAAACUGAUCCAGCUGAGGAGACAGGCACACUGAGCCAGGCCUGUCACAGCGACUCGGAAAUGAUGUUACAAAAAGUGCAAGCUGGAGGUCGACAAAGCAAACUCCAGAAAGCAAUAUCUCAGGGAGAGAUGCCUCGGGAUCUCACAACAAACCGCACCCCUGAGCCAGACACCAGGCCUCAGAAAGGAAAGAUACGCUUCUGGGGAAAGACGAAAGCAGCAGAGAAAUUGACCCCACAGUCAGAGGUUGUGGAGAUGGACACGGAGCCUUCAGGAAGAGAAGGCAGCUCAGCCAUCCAUUACACUGACGUGGACACAGGUUUGUGGCUCGUCCCUCACAGCCCAGACCUUAGCCGAGGGCGUGAGAAGGAGAACAAGGAUCCCUCGCCCAAGAUUCAGCGGCGGCGAAGUUUGAAGAUCAGCAGUGCUGCUUUAGAACCAGCUCAGUGGCAAGACGAGCGAGCGCAAAUCAUCUGCAGUGCCAACGACUUGAAGUGUAUGGAUGAGUUUCUUCAGAAGAAGAUUGGUGAUCUGGAUUCAGAGGAUGGGAAAAAGGAUUCUAUGGUGGAUGUACUAUUCAAGCGUGCCCUUAAAGAAUUCCGUCAGAACAUCUUCAACCUCUAUUCAACAUCACUUGUGGGGGAAGAUGGUAAGAGUAUACGUUACAAGGACUUGGGAUCCUUAUUCGAGCAGAUCCUGGAUAAGACCAUGAGACACCAGCAGUCACGAAGCUGGCCCGAAUCUCCAGUCCAAGUUUGGAUUAACACAUUCAAGGUUUUCCUAGACGAGUUUGUCACAGAAUAUAAACCGAUGAAUUACACAUCAGGAAAGAUCCAAAAGCCAGAAAGGAAAAAGAGAAGAAAGAAGGAGUCGGAUAUAGUAGAGGAGCAUAAUGGCCAUGUAUUUAAAGCUACACAAUAUAACAUUCCCACGUACUGCGAGUUCUGUUCCUCACUCAUUUGGAUCAUGGACCGAGCUGCUGUCUGCAAACUGUGUAGAUAUGCCUGUCACAAGAAGUGCUGCUCCCAGAUCAUCACACCGUGUAGUAAGAAGUAUGACCUUGAGCUAUCUCCCCGUCACUUUGGAGUGGAGUUGUCUCGUCUCACAAAUGAAGAACGGACCGUCCCAGUCCUGUUGGAGAAACUGAUCGGUUACAUUGAGAUGCAUGGGCUCUACACUGAGGGCAUAUAUAGAAAACCGGGGUCCACCAACAAGAUCCGGGAGCUGAGACAGAGUCUGGACACAGAUAUUGACAGUGUGAAUCUAGAUGACUACAACAUCCAUGUGAUUGCGAGCGUGUUCAAGCAAUGGCUGCGUGAGCUUCCCAACCCACUUAUGACAUUCGAUUUUUAUGAAGAAUUCCUCAAAUCUAUGGGUCUCGGGGAAAGGAAGGAGACUGUGCUUGGAGUGUACUCAGUCAUUGAUCAGCUCUCUCGGACUCACCUUAGCACUUUAGAGAGACUCAUCUUCCACCUUGUCAGGAUAGCUCAACAGGAGGACACCAAUCGAAUGUCAGCCAACGCACUGGCCAUUGUAUUUGCUCCAUGUAUUCUUCGUUGUCCAGAUACCACUGACCCCUUGCAGAGUGUGCAGGACAUUGGCAAGACCACUGCCUGUGUGGAAUUAAUUAUAAUGGAACAAAUGAAUAAAUACAAGGCUCGGCUGAAGGACAUCAACAGCCUGGAGUUUGCAGAGAGCAGAGCGAAGAGUCGGCUGUCCCUGAUCCGAAGAUCCAUGAAACCCGUACUAAUUGCAGUUAGAUUUAUGAGCAUAAGUCGCAGCUCCCUGCCGGGGAAGGGACGUCUACGAUCGAGUUUGAGCCCAGUUAUCUCUGGACUCUCUACAAUAGCCCCUGAUGCAGCAACGGAUCAUAUGUUAUCGAGCAUUCCUUCAGAAGAGGAGUCGGCCGAGCAGAAGGAGGCUGCAAUGCAGCAAGAAGAGAGAGUGUUAGCCCAACAGAUUGAGACUCUACAGAAGGAGAAAGAGGAGCUGGCUUAUGAAAUGCUGGCACUGGAGCCUCGGGCGUCAGAUGAUGAGACCCUGGAGUCUGAAGCAUCUCUUGGAACUGCGGAUAGCUCGGAAAACCUGAACUACGAAUCCGAGGGGGCUGUGCCCACCAGGGCAGAGAGAAGUUUAGUUUUCAGCUCUGCUCGAACAACACGCUCUGAGCCUACGCGAACAAGGAAACAGGUUAAGAGGGAUGCAGACAGCACUGACGGUGGAGAUCGCAAUCUUUCUUCCCCUAUUGCUUCAUCUUGCCUUCCCCACCUGGGCAGGAAAAGGUUUCACCUGCACCCCAAAUCUCCUUUCUACAGAGCGUUGGGGGAGAGCCGGGAGCCAUCAAACUCUGACUAUCAGGAUCCCGGGGCCCCAGUUCAUUUCACAAGCCGAGGGACCUUCAACCCUGAGAAGGGGCGUCAAAAACUCAAGAACGUUAAACAGUCUCCUCAGAGACAUAGGGAGCCACUAGAUAGUGGAGAACAAAGGAUUCUGGGUCAAGAUGGCAGCUCACAGUCUCUUGUGUUAUUUGGGAGCAAUGAGUUCAUGGUGUGAAGGAUGCAUUCGCUGUUCUUUCGUUACCUUCCUGAAAACGUCUCUCUGCCAAAUUCCAUAACUCCCUUUUUUUUGCCAAGACCUGUGCCCUUUUCCCAUAGCUUUAUCCUGAUGCCUUCUUGGCAUCCAGGUGUUACAGACUGCUAGGCUUGCUUUGUCAGCUCAUACCAAGCACCAGAGGGGCCAUAUUUAACAAAAGCCUUAUUAAGCUGACUCCACUGCUUGUGGGAUAUCCGUCGCAGGACUCCGUAACCAAUCCUCUCCCAAUUAAAUAUUGAUCUCACAAGAAUGGGUUUUUAUUAUAAAUAUUAUUAUAUUAAUAUUAUUAAUUUUAUUUGUGGUUUCUAAGCCCAAUAUAAAUAAACUGUUCCCUUUAAUUUAAAGCAACAUCUGCACUGUGGUCACAAAGCUUUGGAAGGAUGGACACCCGAAACGCAUGGCUCGUCUUAUCAGCAUCCCACUCUUUGUCUACUGGAUAUGGAUUCCAAACACAUUUUGUCCAAAAAAAACCCACACAUGGAUCCCAAGCAAACUUCUGACUUUUCGAGUGAGCACAUUCCAGAGAUCUUCUGUAGGAUACAUGAUGUAAAGAAUUGAGAGCUCAGACGUGUCCAACAACAGCCCUUUGAGGUUCUGAUAUUUUAGCACUCCGGGUCUACUUAUAUAUAGAAUAAGAUGUAUGUACAUGGAGCUCUUUGGGGCAGAGCUAGGGAUAGUGGGCUGCUGCCUCGUCUCAAUCAGCCCUUUUGGCUACAGAUUUACCCCCACAUAAGCCUUCUGAGACUUCUAAAGGGCCGAUCCUUCCAGGCUGAAUGUAAAUGUUGUGUAUCUGGGAAAAGCCACUGGGUGCGGGUGACAACCCAGGCUGGUGGGAAUGUGCCGUUGUAUGUAUUCAGUACAAUAUGUGUAAUAUUUUUGGCUGUAAAACCCAUCAGACUACAAACAACCCCCCAGAGCUUAUUAAAGAACAAAAGCUGCAGAAUGUCACAAA